GAAUCGCAGUUUGUGCAAUUCUGCAGAUCUGGACUUUCGGGAUCUUCUGGAUUCUGAAGAAUGGUGCAACCGAAGACAACUUUUCUUUUUUACUUAGCUUUUUUCCUCCUACACCAGCCCUUCCGCUCUUUUCUAGCCGGUGGUCUGACUGCAGAGGGAAAUAGCCUGCCUCUGAAGAAGGAAGAAGAGCUAGUGGGCCUAAAAAUAAUAAACAAAAACCCAAAUUAUUGAGUGCUGCAUAAUACUUUGUCCUGAAGCUGCUGAUCGCGCGAGGCAACCAGGCCUAUAUAAGCGCAGCUCAGUCGGAGUGUUUAGUUUUAGAACCAGCACCUAGAGAUGAUGAGGAAUGAUCUGUCCGUGGCGCUUGCUGGCAUCGGCGGGGCAGGGAGCCUUUUAAGAAGCAGCGAGCCCGUGUCUCUGUCUCCAGUGGCGUCCCAAGCAGCUUCCUUACUGGAAGAGGCUGCAGAUCUGCUGGUGAUGAACAGGGACUUCGCGGCUGCUCUGGACAGGUGCGAGAAAGGCUGCGAGAGCCUCAGGAAGGACCCCGAGAAUGAAGAUGCUGACUGCUCUGAAGAACUGAAAUGCUCCUUAUGCACUGUGGGUAUCCAGGCCUUGGCUGAGAUGAACCGAUGGAGAGAAGUCCUCCCUUGGAUUCUUCAGUACUAUCACGAUCCUGAAUGUUGGCCUUCCAGAAUUCUAGAGCUGUGCAUCCUCCUGCAUAGUAAAGUGGAAGAACCUCAUGUGAUGCUAGAAGUCACCAGGGACUGGUUACAUUCCUCAGCCAAUCAGCACCUGCCUAGUUACGGCCUCUUGGCUCAGCUGCACCUGUUCCAUGUGCUGUUGCCGCUCAGGCUCUUUGCAGAGGCAGAGGAACUAAUCCGAGGUUGCAAAGCAUUGAGCAAAGAGCAACAGGUGGAGGCCUAUGAGAGCAUUAAGGAGAAGAGGCAACAGUGGCUGCAGAAGGAAGAGGAGGAGGGCCAGCUUCCUGAGGAGCACCCAGAAAUGGUGUGGAAGCAACGGUUGGGUUUGGUAUCCCAAAAGGUGUUGACCAUAUUGGCACAGCUGGGUCGAGUGCUGGGAUCCUUGGCAGGCCAGCUCUGUUCCAUCUCCUACAGAAAGACACUCUUGGUUGCUUUCAUGUUGUGUCUCAUUGUCGUGAGACUUGACCCAGCAUCUCCCACUUCUCUCUUCCUCCACAGACUAAUCCAGCUUUUCCAUCAAGCCCGAUUGGCUGCGUUUUCUCCACACUACAGGCCUCCAGUUCAAGACUAACUGACUCCACUGCCUUCUGUAUGAUGCUGAAGCAGUGCUUGUUGAAGGAUCGUGGAGAAGCCACUUGCAAGUCAAUGAAGGCGGCUGCAGCUGUUGAGAGAGCUCCUGCAGUGAGGCAGAGACUUCUUCGAGAAUUAAGGAUGGUGGCAGUGCAGUAUCUGGGCGGGGCAUCUGCUGUGUCAUGACCACAGCAGUAGGACUGAUAAAGCACUUCCAUGAUAGAUAGCUGGAAUUUAGUGGCUUUGUAUAUGAUCACUUAGAAACACUUGCCAACUAGAUAUCUUUAUGAUUGAGUUCUUGGAGCUUCUGUUUAAGGCUGAUUUUUUCCCG